CUUCAAUUUUUGUGAAUUUCUCGAGUUGUGUUUUAAUUUGUAGGCGAUAUAAAGAAUUCAAAUAAUGCUUCUAUGAUUGCAAGUGCCCUCAAACCUAAAAGAUAAGCGGGAAACGGGUGCAAGGGAAGUGUCCGGGUCGACUGCGCUGGCAUAGCAUGGAGCACAUCAGCAGUGGCACGGAGUCAACGGAUGUGGAUGCCACCACCAUCAGCGAGAGCAACGAGUUGGCCGCUCCGCCCACACAAAUCACCUCAAUCGAUGGUUUCUUUAAUCGCAAACGCGGCAGACCGCCAAAGAAUCGCUUUGUGGAGGUCUACAAAAGCCAAGUGCCCUCAAACCUAAAAGAUAAGCGGGAAACGGGUGCAAGGGAAGUGUCCGGGUCGACUGCGCUGGCAUAGCAUGGAGCACAUCAGCAGUGGCACGGAGUCAACGGAUGUGGAUGCCACCACCAUCAGCGAGAGCAACGAGUUGGCCGCUCCGCCCACACAAAUCACCUCAAUCGAUGGUUUCUUUAAUCGCAAACGCGGCAGACCGCCAAAGAAUCGCUUUGUGGAGGUCUACAAAAGCCAAGUGCCCUCAAACCUAAAAGAUAAGCGGGAAACGGGUGCAAGGGAAGUGUCCGGGUCGACUGCGCUGGCAUAGCAUGGAGCACAUCAGCAGUGGCACGGAGUCAACGGAUGUGGAUGCCACCACCAUCAGCGAGAGCAACGAGUUGGCCGCUCCGCCCACACAAAUCACCUCAAUCGAUGGUUUCUUUAAUCGCAAACGCGGCAGACCGCCAAAGAAUCGCUUUGUGGAGGUCUACAAAAGCGCUCAACACUCGCCUCAAGCCAUAUUCACUAGUUUCAAGUUGGAGAAAAAUGAUUUGGCCACAUGUGUCCCACUGGCAGCACCCAGCGAUGGCAACGAGGAACGCCUCCUCGCAACCCUCAGACUUGGUGGUGGAACAACGCAAACAAUUAGUGCUCCAAGUGCAGCUGAUCUCACACCUGGACGCAACAGUCGGAAGAGAGCACGUGUUUGGACUGUCGACUCUCCGAGAAGAAGUUUGGCCAAUGGACCCAACGCAAUAAAAGCCACUUCAACACAGGAGUUGCCUGAAAGUCGCACUCCAAUUCCAUUGAUGUUUUCGAUGCAGGCGGCGGCAAGCAGCAAAUCCUUGGAGCGGGUGUCCGUUGUUCGUGCAGCGGGCACCUUCUAUCCGGAGAAUGCAAGCGCAGCAGCAGCAGCAGCAGGAGCAGCUACGGCAGCAGUGGAGCAGUCAGCAGGCGGCAACAGCAUGUCGGAUCAGCCGGAAGAUCUGAGCAUGCGUGCGGUUCAGCAGCAACAAACGGAACCGGAACCGGAAACGGUAACGGCCAUGGCAACGGCAACGUCAAUGGCAAUCGAAAGGGAAACGGAAACGGAAACGGGUAUAAAACUAAUGCAAUUUAAGCAACUACUUGAUUUGUAUCAGCGACAAGUGCUGCUGCCCAGCUUCCUGGCCGCUGGCCAGCUGGAUAUGCGACUGCUGCUGGAGCAGGCCGCCCAGCAAAAGAUGCUGCUAAUAAAUGCAGCUGCUGCUGUUGCAGCAACAGCAACAGCUGCUGCAGGAGCAACAACUGCAUCCACAUCUUCUGCUGGGGAGGUGUGUGCACCAAAACCAAAUUCAAAUUCAGAUUCAACGGCGACUGCAACUGCAACAGCGACGAGUCGAGUUAGUGUUAAGCGUGCACGUGACCAGGAUAUACCAUCGGGCUACCUCAAGUUCCGGUUCAAUGAGGAUUGCAAAUUCGAGAGAUGCGGCUAUCGGAAUCAUCAGUCGCAUUUCCAUUGCAAUCGUCGGGACUGCCACUACAGUUUCUGUGACAAGACGCGCUUCGUGCAACAUACGGCGCGGCAUGAACGCAUGGACACACUGAUGGGCGACGAUUUUCGACAAUAUCGCGCCAAUAUGCGAUGCCAUGUGACUGACUGCACCUAUGCCACAUCGUCCACAUCUGCAACGGAAGCUCCAAAGAAAUCAUCGCACUUCCAUUGCCGUAAAUGCGAUUACGUUUGCACCGAUUCCAAUAAGGUGGUCGCCCACCGUCGCCUCCAUAUGCGGCUGGAGUAUGUGAGAUCCGCCGGCUUCCGCAAGAUAGCCAGCAGUGAGGUCUGCGACUCUCCGUCGUGCACCUAUGCACUGCGACACACGCACUAUCAUUGCAUCAGCUGCGAUGGCAGCGUUCUCUCCCGCGCCCAGCUCUCCUCGCACAGGCACAGGCGUGCCAGUGCCAGUGGCAGUGGCGGUGGCAACGCAAGUGGAAAUGCGAGUGGCAACAGUAAUCAACCCGCCAAGCAGAUCGCGGAGAGAGCAGCAUCAUCUCUUAGCUUAUAGUGUAAUAGAAAGCAAUGGAAGCCAUAUGUAAAUGCAAAGCAAACUGUAUUAAUUGUGAUUAAAUUCAUAUUUGUCCACUA